AUGCCAGCGGUUGGUGACCAGCAUAAGCCGAAUGGCAGCACGACGAGCAACCCGUUCGAAGAUCAACCUCUCCGGAUAACAGAAUAUACUGCGCAAGAAAUAGCCACGUUACAGAGUCGAUUGGACAAGCAACUCGGGCCAGAAUAUAUCUCCUCAAGAGCAGGACCGGGUGGCUCAAAAGUGCAUUAUCUUGCGGCGGAGAAGGCCAUCAGCCUUGCCAACGAAGUCUUUGGCUUCAAUGGCUGGAGUAGCUCCAUUCAAAACAUUCAAAUCGACUUUGUCGACGAGAACCCGCAGACCGGAAAGAUUUCCCUCGGGCUGUCAGUUAUUGUGCGAGUGACACUGAAAGAUGGCACACACCACGAAGACAUUGGCUACGGCCAGAUUGAGAACUGCAAGGGCAAAGCUGCGGCAUUCGAGAAAGCAAAGAAGGAGGGUACUACAGAUGCACUGAAAAGAGCACUCAGGAACUUUGGCAACGUCUUGGGGAACUGCGUUUACGACAAGGCCUACUUGCAGAAAGUCACCAAACUGAAGGUUGGGGCUACCAAAUGGGACGAAAGCAUGCUGCACCGACACGCAGACUUUGCACCCAAGAAAGAACCAGACGAAGUCAAGCGAAUCUUGCCAGCCGCCGCAUUAGAAGGCGCCUCAGAGCCGGCGAGGCCGAAUCCAACUGUCCUCGCACAAGAAGAAACCACGGAAUUCGAGGACAGUUUCGAGCUUGCAGAUUUUGAGGAGAUGGACUUCUGUGAAGACAACACAGGUCAUCCAGAUGAGGUCGCUUUGCCCGCAGCAAAAGUGGAUCCAACACGCAAGUCAGCUAAUUCCGCUCCAGAACGAUCGUUCCCGCCACCGAGAGCUGAUCUGACCACACCGUCCAAGCAACAGUUAACAGGCCCGCCUGGCCCUCGGCCUGAGGCCUCAAGGGCUCCCCAGAUCUCUGCUCCGUCCAACGUCAUACCCCAUCCGCUGCCCGGCCAGCGAGCACAAGCUCCGUCUGGACCUGCCACGAGGCCUCCGGCGGAGAAUGUGCCUCGGCUGUCUUCGCCUCUGCAAACUGGUCAAGUCAUGGGCUUCUAUUCAGCCAAGGCCGCUGACAGUCUGGAUGGGAACAACAGUGUGAUUGGAGGCGGACCAGCCGCUGCGCCCAGAUUCAACCCUCACGCCGACAGUCCGUCGAUUCGCAAAACAUCUGGAGUCAAUCACAGCAAGUCCGUUCCUCUGAAGCGAGAUUUAUCCGUAGACACCACGCCCAUAAGACGGGACCUUGUCAAUCCUCAAGCAGAGCAGCUUAGGCGAGUAGGCGCUCCGGGGGCCAGUGGACAAUUCCCUGGUACCCGAGGGCCAAGCACUUCGGCCUAUCGACCUCCUACGAGACGAGGGCCGCUGGAGUUGAAUGCAACCCAUGGUUCGAAUCUGGCCGAGGUUGGCGCAGGAGACCGUGGGUUGCAAGCUGCCAAAAGAACGCCGCUAGGAGAUGUAAGCAACGUCCAGCAUCAUGUCACGGCGGUCACAACAGAUGGGGCCGACGCAAAGAGACAGCGCGUGGCAGAAGCGCUGCCACAUGGUGAAGCUGAGACGACGAAUAAUCAACCGAGCAGCAAUGACGGAUGA